AUGCAUAACCAUUUUAUUCAAGGUCCCAAGUGGAUUAAACUUAGCUUUGGCAAUAAAGGCUCCUUUUCUGUAGUUAUCAUACACCCUAGUAAGCUGGGCGUCAUAGGUAAAAUGAAAGGAAUAGCAUUUAUUAAGGAUCCUGAUGGCUACUGGAUUGAGAUUUUUGAUCUUAAAACAAUUGGAAAGGCUGCUGGUGGUGCUGCUUAA